AUGGUUACGGCUGAAAAACCGAUGCUAUUUCCCCUGGUCAUUGCUGCAGUUUGCGCUGCGGCCAGUGUCCCAGGCCCCACUUCUUUCUCGUCAAAGAUGCUCAUACUUCACUCUAUGAAAGCUCCCUGGCCAAUCCACAAAUUUCUACAUGUUAUGGAUAUCCGGGAAUUAAAUGCCCUGUUUCAGCGACGCCUUGACAAAAUUACCAGUGAUGCUGCGCUUGCGGCCCGUCUCUCGCCACAGUACUGGAAGAAUGCGUUUUUCGAAUCAAAGGAACAGUCAGCAGCACCACAUCCUUCGUUCGUCAACCACUGA